UGAGAUAGAGAGAGACGGAGAGAGAGGAAGAGAGAGAGACAUAGACAUGCACAGCGGAGGAGGAGGUGGGGGAGGCUCCUGAUACCAAGACACGGAAAAGCAGGGGAGGGAAAGAGAGAAAGAAAAAGGGGCUGGUGGAGGAAGAAGAUCGGGGAGUGGGAGAAAACAGGGGGAAUAACACUUGAAGAAAGCCUACAGAGGAGAGGAAGGACAGUACCUAGUGCUUUGGACAUCCCCUCCUUUCUUCUCUCAGGCUGUCACAUCAGAUUGGACUCCGAAGGACCGACACCGCGUCCACCCCAGACCCCAUGGGGUAACAGCAGACAUUUGGUGGAGAGGCUUUUGUUCAGCUACACAGAUGAACAACAGGAAGGAGGACAUGGAGAUCUCCUCUCACUACCGUCAGCUCCUCAGAGAGCUCAAUGAGCAGAGGCAGCACGGCAUCCUCUGUGACGCCUGUGUCAUUGUGGACGGAAAGAUCUUCAAGGCCCAUAAGAAUGUCCUCCUGGGCUCGUCACGCUACUUCAAGACUCUUUACUGCCAGGUUAAAAAAGGGGCAGAGCCUCACCAUCAGACUACUGUCACUCACCUGGACAUCGUCACGGCAACAGGCUUCAAAGCCAUCCUGGACUUCAUGUACUCAGCGCACCUUGCUCUCACCAGUAAGAAUGUGAUCGAGGUCAUGUCAGCCGCCAGCUACCUGCAGAUGACGGACAUUGUCCAGGCCUGCCACAGCUUCAUCAAGGCUGCACUGGACAUCAGCAUCCGCUCUGAGAUGGCCGACGAACUGGCCGACUUUGAAAUGGGAGCUGUCGCUGCUGCCAGCAUAGGUGGAGGAGGUGGCGGAGGUGGUGGAGGAGUGGGAAUAGCAGGAGCAGGGGGUGUUGCGGGAGCGGGUUUAGGAGGAGGAGGGAUCGUGGGCAUGGCCUCUGAAGCUCUUGCCUCCAUCAUGUCUGGUCGAAGCACCUCCCCUUGGCUGGCACGGCGCACCAGUCCGGCCAACUCUUCUGGGGACUCGGCCAUCGCCAGCUGCCACGAGGGAGGCAGCACGUAUGGCAAAGAGGACCAAGAACCCCCCAAGAGCCAUGAGAGCCAGGAGGAAGCCUGCCAUGACUCCCAGCCUGCCUGGCCGCAUGACUACAGGCCUGUCACUGUCAAAGAGGAACAGGUGUCCCCCGCCUCCUCCUCUCAUCCCCGGGACACUCCCAGAGGGUCAGCCCAGAGCCAGGGGGAGCAAGGGACUGGGGGGGCUGCUGGAGGAGGUGGAGAGGGGCCCUGGCAACCCCUAUCAGGGUCAGGGCGGAGGAAGAACAGGAAGAACAAGGACACGGUCAGACAUAUUACCCAGCAGGCUGAGAGGAACUGGGACAGAGAGCGGGAAAGGGAGAGAGACAGGGACAGUAGGCCUGGAUCUCCUCUGCCCUCCAUGCUGGCUGUGGCUGGAUGGAACUACAAUGGACAGGACAUCCCAGGGGCAGACGUUACCGAACCCAACAGCUCAGACAGCCGCGGCGAACGCCUCGACUUCUUCCUCAAACAGGAAGAGGCUCUCACCGCAGAGCCGGGCUUCAUGGGUCCCAACGAAUCAGAGGAGGCCGGGGGAGGAGCCGGGGGUGGAACGAUCUCAUCUGUAGCCAAUCUGAAGGCGGCGCUGAUGAGUAAGAACAGCCUGCUGUCACUGCGGGCUGAGAUGAUGGGAGAUGAUAACCCCUUGCUCUAUGAGUACCUGCCCAAAGGAGGACACUCCCUGUCGUGGCUCCGCUCCAACAACUACUGCAGCACGCUCCGGCCAGGGGCCACGGGGGCCACUAUUCAUAACAAACAGGGGGCUGGCUCCUCUCCUCCUCCUCCUCCUCCUCCUCUUCCUCUUCUUCUUCCUCAUCUUACACCAUCACCACUACCACUACCGCCAUCAUCAUCAUCAUCAACAUCGGCAUACUGCCCACCCACUCCACCCACGCCACUGCUCCCCUCUGAGCCUCGGCCCCUGGAGGCCCCCGGUCUGCGGGCUGGGGCAUCCCCGCUGCGCUCAGAAGGGCUGGACAUGGAAGUGGAAGAAACUCCUGAGGGCCCCGAGCCCUCCACCUUGCCUGAGGAUGGUAUGAAAGAUGAAGACGGCAUGAAAGAAUCUAGCACAGCUUUGGAAGGUGACCAGUCUCCUGUUGAGAGGGAUCAGAUGGGCGAUGGGAGUUGUGCUGGUGGUGGCUUGACCAUGCCUGCGUCAGUGUCCGUGGCUGGCAGAGGGACUAAAGGGCUGAUGGUGCUGGGCGAAGAGGCUGGAUUAGGGGAAAGAGUCCUGCCAGAGCCCGGUGCCUGGCCCUCACAGGGGUUCGCCUGCUCCCUGUGCAAACGGCUGUUCAGCAGCCUGGAGCAUCUCAGGGAACACGAGUACUGCCACACCCUGUCUCUGAUGGCCUUGUCCCUGGACUGGCCGACCAUGCAGGGUCCGCACCACCAGCCUACCCAGCCCCGUCACCAGCCACAAUCCCAGCCUCUCCACUUCCACCAGUCUCUCUACCGCCCUGCAGUGGCGGAGCCUGCGCCAGUGCGCUACCUCUGCUCCCAGUGCCCCGCCAGCUUCACCCUCAAAUCCAACGCAGACCGACACGAGAAGACAAUCCACUUCAAAAAGAAGCUAAUGCAGUGUGUGUACUGUCUGAAACACUUCAGAGACCGCACAGACCUGCACAGGCACUUGUCGUCUGUACACUCCAAAGAGAGAGGGCACACCUGCCCUGCCUGUGCCAAGGCUUUUAGCACCCAGAAAAAUCUGGCGACACAUGUUAAAGUGUGCUGCCAGGUGGGGUCAAUGCCAGCAGCUAUACUGGGAGGCAGCACUGGGAUGGAAAUGUCUCAGGGUGUCCCAGGGUAUAUAUCCACUUUGGCGGCUUUCUCAAGAGAUGAAAGUUGACAAUCAUAAUCGUCGUAUCAAUGUGGAAAACUGACACUGGGUCCACAGGCUGUAGGCUUAUGUACUUACACUCAUACCCAUCAAUUAGCAGCGUAUCCUCACUUGUGUUGUACGUUUAUGCCAAAAGAAAAAAUCUGCAGUGUUAUUGCACUGACAAGGAAAGAAUUCCUUUUAAAAUCAAAUGUAUGUUGACAUGAUUAUAAAUACCCAGACACAAUUCUUUUAUUUAUUUAUUUAUUUAUUUUUAUUAUUAUUAUUUUUUGCUUUUACAACUUUUAUGCCAUUAUUUUUUAAGGAUGAUUUAUCACCAAUUGACAGCUUACAUGUCAAAAGUGCACAGUUGCUAUGCAAAAUUGAUCUUUUAAACAAACUUUUGGCCGAAAUUAUAGGAGAUAUUUUUAGGGUUUAUGAAUAGUUUUUUUAAGCACUGACUGGACGCAUAAACAGGUGAAUUACUAAGCGCUGCAGUGCCGAAUUGGGAGACGGGAGGGGGCGUUUUUCUGCCUCCUCAUCCUAAACCACUUGUCUGUCUCACUGUCGCCAGUCACCAGUCUGAAUAAACUCUUCUCUCCUUUUUAGGCAGAGAGAUCUUUAUCUUUGUGUCCACCCCUGCAUUACUGGCUCAGAGACACUCAGGCACAGUUCACUUCUGCAAGGCUUGACUGUGGCUCACAGCCCACGCAACCACACCACCUGCAGGAAGUUUGUAGUAUUGCAGCAGUCAGAGCUUAAUAAAGGCCCAAAUCUGAUUAUUUCUGCUGUCAGUGGUAAUGCAGCUCAAUAGAUAUUAAGAGUAGGCAUAAAAGAACUUAAUGGAAUACGUAAAAGUAUUUGUGGUUACUGUAGCUCAAAGAGAAAUCAAAAGACAAAGUAAUUCUACCAGAGAUCCACCUACACUGGACACGCAGAAGCUUGUCCUCAGUUGUCAGUCUGACACAAUUACCUUCAGUUAGCGCUGUCAGAUCAGUGCAGAUGGAGGGGAUGUGCCGAACAAGACAAAGCCAGCUAAAACUAUAGGCCAGUAGCAGCUCAGAUGGGGGUUGGGUGGUGUCAUUUUCUCUCUAUCUGUCCAUCACGUCUGUCCCAGAUCUGUAAGUCUUCUAGUGGCUGAGUGUGGCUGGGGCUGCACAGUAAUUGGUCCUUCAUGGCUCCGACCCUUCUUAACCCCUGACCCCUUAUCUGAAGAGGAAGUGGGGACAGAGGGGCAGAUGCCCUUUAAACCAGAUGAGCUCAGUGAAGUCACUGCUGCAGACAGAUAAUGGUGUGGUUGUGAGUACAAGGUAGAAAGUGGGGGAUCAAGGGAGACAAGUGGGAAAAUGCUGAAGAAGAAUAAAGGAGGUGUUGAAGACAGAAGAGCUAGAACAAGGCUGCAGGAAAUUGGAUUCGGUAUGAACGUUGGCUUUAAAAUCAUCGCUAAUGUAAAUUCAGCCAAAAUGUUCUCCUUCGAGUUUACAGCAGGUCUUUACCCUGCAACAAAAUGUUGAUAAAGCCCACUUUUCAAUGAUCGUUGUGUACACCCAUAUUUUGAAUAUUAUACCCAAAGGGAAGACAUCUACCUUUGUCUCCCUCUAGUCGCUCCAGCACAUAGCAACUGUCUUUUCUGCAUGUGUGCAGAAAAAGCAGAACAGGUGUCUAUUGGGAAUCUACUCCCUUGCUGUUGUGUACAUAUAUACACAGAGAACUCCCAAAUGCCAAAUCCUUUCUUAUACAAAAUCCCAUUUCUCAGGUAGCACACACUGUCCUAGCCAGCAACUGAAACAGGCUGGCAGGCUCAGAGAAGUCAGGAACUAAUCAGGAACUCUCCAGAAUCAGCCAUUGAGGCCAAAAAUGGCAAAUACUGUAUGGAUGUUGCGUAGUGUUUUUGUGUUGGAAUAUGUGUUGUCUGUAAACUCUGAAAGACAUUUCGUUUUAGAUAAUGAAAAAAAAAAAACCCAUGUACUGUAUAAAACGAUGUACUUUUCUAAACAGAAUGAGAUUCUGCUUGUA